AUGUCCUUCUCCAGUAUAGUGUGGACCAAGGACUGUGCCCUUCUCUUGUACAUUGUGUGGACCAUAUCCUUCUCCACUCUCAGAGUCUAUGGUGUGGAUGGUUCAGCGCCUGAUUCUCCGGAGCCGACGCCGCCGCUGGAGCUGCCACGGCCGGGCUUCGUGGCCGUAAACCGCGCGCUACUCACUCAAGCAAGCACCCUGCCUCCCUCCAACCUGCCCAAAUUGUGGGUUUUUGGGAAGAUGGGCUGCCUGAGCAAUAGUAAGACUGAAGACCAGCGGAAUGAGGAGAAGGCGCAGCGGGAGGCCAACAAAAAGAUAGAGAAACAGCUUCAAAAGGACAAGCAGAUAUACCGGGCAACUCACCGGCUACUUCUAUUAGGUGCUGGUGAAUCUGGAAAAAGCACCAUCGUCAAACAAAUGCGAAUACUUCAUGUCAAUGGGUUCAAUGCAGAGGAGAAAAAGCAGAAAAUACAUGAUAUUAAAAACAACAUUAAAGAAGCUAUAGAGACUAUUGUGGCUGCCAUGAGCACGCUGACGCCGCCCUGCAAGAUAGCCUGUCCUGCAAACCAGUCCCGAAUCGAGUAUGUCAUGAACUUAGUAAAUCAGAAAGACUUCGAGUUUCCUUCGGAAUUUUAUGACCAUGCAAAGUUCCUGUGGCAAGACGAGGGUGUGCGAGCCUGCUGGGAACGGUCCAAUGAAUAUCAACUCAUCGACUGUGCGCAGUACUUUUUAGACCGAAUCGAUGUGGUCAGGCAACACGACUACACCCCGACAGACCAGGACCUGUUGAGAUGCCGAGUGCUUACGUCUGGGAUUUUCGAGACGAGAUUUCAAAUAGACAAAGUCAAUUUUCACAUGUUUGACGUUGGGGGUCAAAGAGAUGAACGUCGAAAAUGGAUCCAGUGUUUUAACGAUGUGACAGCUAUCAUCUUUGUGGUGGCGAGUAGUAGUUACAACAUGGUGAUCAGAGAGGACAAUCAGACCAACAGGCUACAGGAGGCCCUCAACCUAUUUAAGAACAUAUGGAAUAACAGGUGGCUACGGACCAUUUCAGUAAUUCUCUUUCUGAACAAGCAGGACCUGCUUGCUGAAAAGGUUUUGGCUGCGAAGUCUAAAAUUGAGGACUAUUUUGCAGAGUUUGCACGAUACACUACACCUGAUGAUGCCAUACCAGAACAAGGUGAGGACCCUCGUGUCACAAGAGCAAAAUACUUCAUUCGAGACGAGUUUCUGCGAAUCAGCACAGCCAGUGGGGACGGCCGCCACUACUGCUAUCCUCACUUCACAUGUGCGGUGGACACCGAGAACAUCCGCCGUGUCUUCAAUGACUGCCGCGACAUCAUUCAGAGGAUGCAUCUACGGCAUUAG